AUGGAACAAAACCAGUUUAAUGAACUAGACCUAGGACUUGAUCUUCUUGACAAGCCUUUUCUUUGGGUUGUUCGUCCUAGUAAUGACAACAAGGUAAACUAUACAUACCCUAAUGAUUUUCAUGGAAGUAAAGGUAAAAUUGCUGGUUGGGCACCACAAAGAAAAAUAUUGAAUCAUUCAGCAAUUGCAUGUUUUUUUAGUCAUUGUGGUUGGAAUUCUACCAUAGAAGGUGUACAUGUUGGUGUAUCUUUUUUGUGUUGGCCAUUUUUGACUGAUCAGUUUCUUAAUAAGUCUUAUAUUUGUGAUGUGUGGAAAAUUGGACUUGAAUUAGAGAAGGAUGAUAAGGGGUUUAUAUCAAGGCAAGAGAUAAGGAAGAAGGUGGAUCAAGUACUUGGUGUUGAUGACAUAAACAAAAUGUGUUUGAAAAUUUAA